AAAUUACAAUUCCUGGUUUCGCCAGCAAAGAUUGGCACGAAACUCGAACUGAAGACAUCUGUAGGUGUUGUCGCUCUGUCUGAUUUCUGGUAGAUCCUUAAAAGAUAAACUCUUUCGCUAGGAGAAGAAAUGGGUUCUAUGUUCAGUGCAAACCGAUUGAGCAAGGAAGAAAUGGAGAUCACGAUGAACAAAGCCAAAGAGAUCGUCUCCUCGUACCCAGUCGUUGUCUUCAGCAAGACUUACUGUGGUUAUUGCCAGAGGGUGAAACAGUUGCUGACACAGCUAGGAGCAAGUUUUAAAGUAUUUGAGCUCGAUGAAAUGAGUGAUGGUGGUGAGAUCCAAUCAGCUUUGACAGAGUGGACUGGACAGAGCACAGUUCCAAACGUCUUCAUCAAAGAAAAACAUAUCGGUGGAUGCGACAAAGUGAUGGACAGUAACAAGCAAGGCAAGCUGGUGCCUCUACUUACCGAAGCUGGUGCUAUAGCCAAUAACUCUUCCCAGCUUUGAUGAAACUUGAAACCAGCGUCUUAGGACUUCAAAAGAUAAACUAUGUGAAGAAGAAUGUUAUGUUUAAAAUCAUGAGAAAAGAGUAAUUGUCAUAAAUAAACAAGGAUCCUUGCCCUUGUGUAACUCUGUUUUAUACAAUAACAUCGAAAGUGUAAAAUUGAUUUGGGUGAAAAAAAGCUGCUUACCACUGGA